AUGCAUGCAGGCGACCCUAAGAUGGAGUGUCGCCGCCGCGCGGUCCGGAGCGCCCCGCGUUCCCCCUUCUCGUCUCCCCUCUCUCGUCGGUCUCCCUUUCAAAAGCUCGUUCGCGGCGGCAGUGAGACAGGGAGCAAAAGCGAGGAGAACGCGUGCCCAGAAGCAGCCGUGGCCGAUGGCGAAGAGAGCGUCGACGAGGGCGAAAAGAGCGCCGAGGAAGGUGAGCGACGCGCGCGGGUCUUUUCUUCUCCACUGUCGUGCCAGGGAACCCAGUCCGGAUUGAGCUGUAUCUACAACCCGCCGUCAAGAGAAGACGGUGAAGGAGAGGUUGCCUUCCGAACUCCCACUCCCGGCGACCGAUGUCGAGCGCCUCAACGCCGCACUGUCGUCUCGCUCCAAGCAGACGAGGUCAAAACGCCCUCGAAGGACAGCCAACGACGCGCCUCCCAUGCCGCCUCUUCCUUCUCUCCUUCCCUGUCCCAGGGACGGUUCUUCGGGGACGCAGCGGCGUCUCCGGCGCUCGGCGUCGGCCGUCCGGCCGGCUCUUCGAACUUUCUGGAGGAGACGCCGGUGCUGCGACGCGAGCGGGAGAGAGCGAGCGAGGGGCGAGCUUCGCUGUCGGCGUUUCUCGCUCAGGUCGAAGAUCUCCUGCUCCGGACUUCCGCGCCGUCGUCUUCGGCGCCCUGGUGGGAUGUGGACGUCGCACAGAUGCUCUCGUUCUUCCUGUCGCUGUCGGAGAGUGGAGCGAUCCAGCUCGGCGACGCCUGCCCUCGCGCGCAUGCAAAGGACGCUUCGUGCGCCGCAGCCUCCGCCUUUCCGCGCGCGUCCCAAGACGCUCUCUCGGGAGACGAGGCCUUUGCGUCCCAACGCAGGGGCGGGCGGGCUGCGGGUCGCGGAGAAGAGUUUCAAGGCCUGGGCGAGGAAAUCCGCGACGGAGGAUUUGCGGCGUCUUCGCCCAUCGUGACUCCGCGCCGCUUUGUUGCGGCUGCAGUGGCGGCAGUCGGUGGGGUGUAUCCGUCUCCGUUUUCGCCGCUGACGCAAGACCGAGGCGAAGGGAGUGAGGUCGGAGUCAGAGCGUGCGCGGGAGGGGUCCGGCAGGGGGAGCCGCGUCUCGAGGAACCCAGCACGUAUCGAAUGGAGUUCUCCCAAGCGGCGCUGCUGCUGGAACGCCUCACGAAAGUUUGGGGCCAGAAAAUAGAGCAUCUGCAUGCGCUCUUCCUCCACAUGCUCCAGUCUAUGCAUGCAGUUGGAGACGCGGGGAAGGGGGCGCGGGGCGCGGGCCACGCGCAGAAACCUGGCGUCUCCUCUUCCCAGAACUUGCGGUUGGCCAAGCAUUCCGUCUUGCAGGAAGUCUUGGGCCGCUCCUUUCUCUUUCUGCCGACGUUUCCGCGAGAGAGCGAAAUGAGCGAAGACCUGGACGCGGAAGAGAACGCAGAAAACCGAAAGAGCCGACCGCCCGACAUCGUGCGGUUGCCGGCGGUUCUGCGAAGAAAACGGUGGCGACCAGAAGGCGCCGGCGAGAGGAACCCGAGAGAGGAUCCGAGUCACCCAGCAGACGAGGGAAAGAGAAGGAGACUGGACACGGAGGACGGAACUGCGGGAAACACGCAUCCAGGGCGAAGGCCAGGAAACGAGGUUGAAGAAGUGAAAGCCAUGGCCAACAGAUAUCAAGAAUUUAAAAACUUUCGGCUGACGUCGUUUCUCCUCCACGAGGCGUCUGGAGGUUUGAUGGUUGACUCCCGCGACGCGCCUCUGUACCAUUCUCUUCUUCGUCGUCCAGAGAAGAAGCAAAGAAUUCCUUCUGCCUCUUCUCUCCCCUCUGUCCCCGAACAAACCGAACCUGUUCCCCUUCCAGUCUCAACUGCACUGCAGGCCUCUCCCCCUCCUCUUUCGUCUGCCUCUUCUUCGUCUUCUAAUUCUACUUCUUCCUCUUCUUUCUCUUUUAAUUCUACUUCUUCCUCUUCUUCCUCUUCUAGUUCUACUUCUUCCUCCUUUUCCUCUUCCUCUUUUUCUGCUUCUUCUUUCUCUUCUCUCUCGUGCGUGUCCGCCUUGCGUGAGGACGCCGGACGGUUGCCCAGCGAGGGGCUCGGCGAGUUCCUCGAUUUCGACGACGACGGUCUCUGUUUCGACUUUUUCGAAGGCGAUGCUUCCGCGGACCCUGCGCCUUCCUCCUCUCUUGCUACUGACUCUCUCGAGGGAGCUCCGGGAGUGGCCGGUGUACAUACACCCCACAGCCCGGCCACUCAGGACUCGUUAGGUCCCCUCGGAGAGGGAGGCGUCGCGCGGAGUCCAGAGAGCUCCGACGCCGUGGCGGUUCUCGACUCCUCGGCAAGUUGCGACGGCGUGUCGGGCGACUUCGCGCUGUCGCUCUUCUGGGAAGAAGACAGAGACAAACAGAAGCACCGACAGGAGCUUGGAAUCGACAUGGGCAUCUCCGGCAGCGGCUUGCCCGCUUCGCCCCUCCACUCGCGAGAAAAGCCGCAGAUGUCUCCCGUCGAUCGCAUUCUAAGCGCCUGGAGGAAACAGGAAAAAGAAGGAAGCGACCGCGAGACAGCGCUGCGGCGCCUGCUGCAUGCCACAGGGCCGGGGGACUGGAAUGUAUGUACCGCUCCGUUCGCGGAUGCUAAGAAGUGGCGAGCAUCGCGCGGAGAGAAGCACAGUCUUUCGCGAAUUGGAGGCUGCGGCGAUCUUGGCGUGUGCGCGUCCCAGUUUCCGAGCGAGAAGGAAAACGGAACAUCCGAGAGAGACGAAGAGGCGUGCACCUUCUGCGAACAGGCAAAGGGAGGCGGACGCCGAGAAGCGAAGGACGCGUGUGCGAGCAAAGUUGAGGCAGAAGGAAAAGGUCGCCUUCCGCGUCGGCACCAACUCAUGUCUCUCCGAGAAGAAGCAGACCGAACCGAGAGGCGUCCCAUUCGCUUCGGCUCGACGGUCAGGCCUCCUCCGCCGUUCUACUCUUCGCUGCCAUCGUCGGCCUUCGCGGCUGCUCCGGCGCCGGCUGCUCUCGCCUUCCACCGUCUCCACACGCCCCACGGCAUGCUGGCCCUCCUCCAAGGCCUGUGGAGCGCGGGGGAGCUGGCGGCUGCGGAAGCCGUGGUCCGCGGCCACGCCGAGAAGGACGCAGGAAAAACGGGAAAACCAAGCGGCUGCGGGGUCUGGGCAGAAGCUCUGCAAAAGACCCACGCGCACGUGCGAAGAGUCAACGGUCCCGGCCGCCUCCCCUUCUAUCCGGACAUUCAGCUGCCGUGCUCUCCCUUCGCAGCUCGCCUGCCGAGGCAGCGGCGCACUGAGGGUUCCUCUUUGGUCGAGCGCGGCGUCUCUGCCGAGAGAAAGAAGGCCAAAGAGAACGAGAACGCAAGAAGCGAGGGAGGCGAGACGGCGGCUGGAGGCGACGGUGCAGAGAUCCGAAGCGACAUGACCGGGUCGCAUGCGGGAGAGAACGAGAGGAAUCGGAGAGGCUCUGCUGAGUGCGUCCCGGUGUCUGCCUGCUCCGCGAUCGGAGGCAUCAUCGAAACAUCCCGGUGGAAAUGGAUAGAAGACGUCGUCUACGCGAGGCUGCGGAGACGAGCUCUCCUCAGGCGGAGACUCCGGCGAAAAGGCCAGCGACUCGGGAUUCAGGUCCGAGAGGGGGAGAAAACUCGCCUCUCUUUAGCGGCUCCGCAGUCAUUUGCGCUCGUUUCAAUCGCCCCAGCAGCAGAAGCCGCCGAGAUCCUCGCGGAAGUGGUGGAGGAGAAACUCCUUCAGCCUCUCGAACCGACGACGUGGAGAGAACUGGAAGACGGCGAUGCAGAUGUAGACGGAAUCGUGGACGCAAGUGACAACGCAGGAGCCUCGGAGAGAGACGAGAGGGAGAACCGCGCGGAGUCAUUUCUCGAGAAGAAUGCUGAAGACGAUCUCCAGGGCGUGUCCCUCCUCAGUGCCGCCGAGAAGGAGCGACUCCAACUGCAGCUCCGGGCUGCUGCCAUCGUGCCGCUCAUUCCCGCUGCGGAUGCCGCCGAGGAGCACAUGGAAGGCUUUUCCCUCGAGGCCGUCCAGAUGAAGCGGUCGGACCAAGAAUCUCUGCAAAGAGUCGCGCGCUGGACCGUGUUCCUAGAAGAAGAACUCCGCCGCAGUUCCUCUCUGCCUCCAUUUGACAUCCGCGCCUACGAGCAGAAAGUUCUUCAACGCGUGGAUGGGCUAGCCAAAAACGUCACUCACCUCCCUGCCUUGUGCGGGUCUGAAUCUGCAUCCGGGGCGCCUGGCGACAGUCCGGGGCCGAGUCGAUUUGCCUCUCCAGACGGAAGAGAGAACAAGGCAGCUCUCUGCGCCUUGGAAGAAAACAGAGGUUCAGGACCAGACGCCUCAGACGCGGCGACCUGCCCAGCCUUCAGUGACGUGGCCCGCGGCCGAGAGAAGUAUGAGGUUUGCCGGCUCUUCCUCGCGACACUCAUGUUGAUCAAUAAAGGCAAACUCGACAUUCGCCAGGCGGGAGUUACGGAAGGAAAUACAGACGAGGGGGACGACGACUCGUCCUGGGAGCUGUUCGUCCAGGGGAAGCUGGGCAACAGUAGCCAUGAUGGGUGCGCCAUCGCGUCUGCCAGGAUGAGAUGUUCCAGGACCGGUCCCUCCCUGGGGGCUCAUCGUUAUAUGGCGACUUAG